AUGGAUAGGUUGAAUCUCUUGCCAGAUGAUUUGAUCUUGAAGAUACUGUCUAUGGUUCCAACGCAAGUUGCAGUGACCACAAGCGUUUUGUCAAAACGUUGGUGUUCACUUUGGAAACAUGUGCCAGAGCUCUCGUAUAGUGAUCCAUCUUGUGAGAGCGAGUUCUGGAGAGCUUCCCGUUUCGUUGAAAAGUUUUUGCUGCUACACGAGGCUCCUGUCCUGGACACUCUGACCCUCUCACUUGGUCGAAAUUGUCUUCCUUCAGAUAUAUCAACAUGGAUUAGUAUUGCAGUUUCUCGUGGUCUGCGAAAGCUUCAAUUGUACAUGUGUAGACCCUGUUCCACGCCUAGGAGCCUAUACACAUGUCAGACCCUUGUGACUUUACGCCUACAAAACGUAAUCAUUGUGGAUGUUCCUUUGACAGUAUGUUUCCGGUCACUCAAGUGUAUGUAUCUUGAACAUGUGGAUAUCUCAAACGAUGAAUUCUUUGGUAGGCUUUUAUCCGGUUGCACUGUCCUUGAAAGACUGAGUGUGAAACUAUGCAGCUAUGGCAAGACUUUCACAGUCGACGUUCCUUCAUUGAAGAGCUUAUUAGUCUUGGACUUGAAACCUGCUUCAGUACAAGUUCCAGGAGAUGAUGAUGUUGGGGUUGUGAUCAAAGCUCCUUCUUUGAGGUCGUUAGUGAUUUCUAAUCAGUUUACUUGGGUUUGUUCAUUAGUGGAUAUGCCCAAGCUCGUGAAGGCUUUUAUCAAGCUUGCAAAUGGUGACUCUAAGAAGCUUCUGGGAUGUCUUACCUCAGCCAAACACCUUUGCUUAUGUGUGAAAUCUCCAAUGGAUUCAUGUCCAAUACGCGACUUCAAUCAGCUAGUGUCUCUAAAACUAUGUACAUGCUCUUCACAUUGGCUCUGGCUUAUACUUAGACAUACCCCUAAACUCAGAGUUCUCAGGUUCCAACCUCAAGUAACAUUGCUUCGAAACCUACAUACUCUUGAGAGAUGUCACAGCAGUCACGGAGAUGUCCAGACACCGAGUUCUGUUCCUGAAUGUUUGACUUCGAGUCUGAAAACUGUUGAGUGGAUUGAUUACAGAGGAACAGAAGGAGAGAAAAAAGUGGUCAAGUAUUUGUUCGAGAACUCUCAACAGCUAAACAAAAUGGCUAUUAGAGCAUCUCCAAUGGUCACCCUUAAAAUAAAGGGGACACACCUUUAA